AGAAAGACUGUAGGGGGUUCUGGUGUCUGGGACUGUACUUGGGGCAGGACCCAAGAGUGACCCCUCCCCGCACCUAUCCUGGGAUUUCUCUUCACAUCCCUACCAGGCCUCAUUUUCCCUCCACCCCGCCCCACCCUCUGCCAUGGGGCUUCUCUGUCCUGUAGCUCAGUAUCUGCCCAUCCUGUUGGACAAGCAAAGACCUGUUGCCCUGCUCCCCUGGGUGCUGGCUGGGGGAGCCACAAACUGGGCCAGCUCUCCCAGGGGCGGGGAGUCCAGCUCAUACAAACCAGCCUGGUCUCUCUGCUCUUAGGGAGCAGCAAUUCAAGCACCAUGACUCUUCAGCGGGAGCUGAGCCGCUCACAGGUGUGCGGGAUGAUGCGUGAGGAGCUGUGCCAGGGCAAGGACUUCCUCCAGUCUGACACCCACAUCUUCAUCAUCAUGGGGGCCUCGGGCGACUUGGCCAAGAAGAAGAUCUACCCGACCAUCUGGUGGCUCUUCCGGGAUGGCCUCCUGCCUGAUGACACAUACGUGGUGGGCUACGCCCGCUCCCAGCUCACUGUGGCCGACAUCCGCAAGCAUAGCCAGCCCUACUUCAAGGUGGAGCCAGAUGAGCAGAAGAAGCUGGAGGAGUUCUUCGCCCGGAACAGCUAUGUGUCAGGAACCUAUGACCACAGCACCUCCUUCCGGCAGCUGAAUGCCCACCUGGACGCACUGCACAAUGGGGACAAGGCCAACCGGCUCUUCUACCUGGCACUGCCCCCUAGUGUCUACGAGCACGUCACCCGCAACAUCAAGGAGUGCUGCAUGGGUCACGGGGGCUGGAACCGCAUCAUCGUGGAGAAGCCAUUUGGGAAGGACCUGGAGAGCUCCAACAAACUGUCCAAUCACAUCGCGUCGCUCUUCCGGGAGGACCAAAUCUACCGCAUUGACCACUACCUGGGCAAGGAGAUGGUGCAGAACCUCAUGGUGCUGAGGUUUGGGAACAGGAUCUUCGGCCCUGUGUGGAACCGGGACAACGUGGCCUGCGUCAUCCUGACCUUCAAGGAGCCGUUUGGCACGGAGGGGCGAGGCGGCUACUUCAAUGAGUUCGGGAUUAUCCGCGAUGUGAUGCAGAACCACCUGCUGCAGAUGCUUUGCCUGGUGGCCAUGGAAAAACCGGCUUCCACCGACUCAGACGACGUGCGGGAUGAGAAGUGUCGUGGGGGGAUGGGGGCGAGCACCAUGGGGAGGGUGAGCGAGUGCCUGGGGACCAAUGCCGUGGGGAGGCUGGGACAGGGGGGUGAUCCUGGGAAAGAACAGGACGGGAUGGGAUGGGGUGGCCCCGGGCGGGACAGUCCUGUAUGGGACAGAAAAUAUCUGAUGCCCUCCCCUCUCCCGUGGUGUUACAUGCUGGGGAGUGUCUCUCUCUCCUACAUACCCUGGCCCUGCCCCGUGUCUGCUGUCGUGCUAUUGGGGGUGGGGGGCCCUAGCUCUGUCUCUAACCUGUCCUCCCCAGGCGUCCCGUUUGUGCUGCGCUGUGGUAAGGCCCUGAACGAGCGCAAGGCCGAGGUGCGGCUGCAGUUCCGGGACGUGCCAGGCGACAUCUUCCAGCGGCAGUGCAAGCGUAAUGAGCUGGUGAUCCGGGUGCAGCCCAACGAGGCCGUCUACACCAAGAUGAUGACCAAGAAACCUGGCAUGUUCUUUGACCCUGAGGAGUCGGAGCUGGACCUGACCUACGGCAACCGCUACAAGGAUGUGAAGCUGCCAGAUGCCUAUGAGCGACUCAUCCUGGAUGUCUUCUGUGGCAACCAGAUGCACUUUGUGCGCAGUGACGAGCUGCGUGAAGCCUGGCGCAUUUUCACUCCACUGCUGCACAAGAUUGAGUCUGAGAGGAUCAAACCAAUCCCAUACUGCUACGGCAGCCGGGGCCCACCCGAGGCGGACGAGCUGAUGAAGAGAGUCGGGUUCCAGUACGAGGGCACCUACCGCUGGGUGAAUCCGCACAAGCUCUGAGCUGGGGGCCAGCUGCUGCCUCCCCAAAGCAACCCUGCUUCUCACCCUGGGGGGGGUCUGUCUGGUCCGCUUGCUGCUCCCCCUUUCCAGGGACAGCUGAGGUGGGGACAUGUGGCUGGGGGUGAAGAGGGAAGCAGAGUGUUGGGUAUGG